UUAGUUACUUCUUUCUGGAUAUGUCAACGGCAGGUACCAUCACAGUGUGUAAACCAACAUGAAAGUGCUUGUUCUCGGCGCAACUGGCUUCAUAGGCACAAGUGUUGUUGAUUCUUUAGUCAAAGGAGGGCAUCAGGUCCUUGGACAGUCAAGAAGCGAAUCAUCGCAGCUGGAGCUUGCCAGGCGUGAGAUUGAGCUCGUUGUGAGUGAUCCAUUCAACGAUGAUAAAUGGACAGAGCAGCUGGAUACCAUCGAUGUUGUCAUCGAUUGUAUCGGUGGGAAUGCGCCAAUUGAUACUGGUUGUAUCAAACUCAUCAAGAAGGCUGAAGGCUUUAAAAGACAUGCAACGGCUGCUAAGCUGGUUUACAUAUGGACAUCCGGUGUUUGGCUACACGGUGAGGAUCGCUGGAACUUCGUCACUGAUGGUACUAAAGCAGACCACCCUCCAGAAAAAGUUGCCUGGAGACCAGAGGUUGAACACUACCUGAUAAAUAGUACAGCAUUGGACGGCAUAGUUAUUCGUCCAGGGUUGGUCUAUGGAAGAAGUGGAAGCGUACCGGCAAUGCUCUUUGCACAAGGUGCGAACUCCGACAAGAUUGUAUGGCCUGGAACUCCUGGUGGCCGGUAUGCUACUGUCCACGUUGAUGAUUUGGGAGAGCUGUACAGAUUAGCUGUGGAGAAGUACCCGUUGGUUAGAGGGUUGAAGAUUGAAGGAAGUAACCCGUCUACUGAAAGUGUUGACUUGAUACUCCAAAGAACCGUGGAAAUCUCAGGUGCGAAAUCGUAUAUUUAUAAGACUCCUGAGUCCCCAUUUGAAGUUGCUCUUGCUGCAACUAGCGUCGUUAGAGGUACAAUUGCAAAAUCGAUACUGGGCUGGACCCCGGUCAAGCCAUCAUUGGUUGAUGGAUUGGCAAUCUACUACCACGCUGCAAUUGCUUCUACUCAAAAGUGAUUUGCAUUAGAUUGGUCAGUGUGUAUAAUUCGUAACAAUAAAAACAACAAGAAAGUUC